CGUAUUUUUGACCAACAGGUUUCUUUUGACUGUAUGCAGUCACUUUAACGUCUCACCGUUGAAAACUCGUUGCAGACGCUCGAUCUUUCACUAACCUAUGUGACUUCUCAGAACAUGUCAACUCUGUAAAAGGUCUUCCAGGCGUUAUGAACAACUAUGAGGUCAUCCGUCAGAUAGGAGAGGGUGCGUUUGGUAAAGCCUUCCUGGUUCGGGAGCGAGGGGGGGGUGGAGACAGACAGUGUGUGGUCAAACAGAUCAACCUCACAAAGAUGUCGGUGAGGGAAAAGGAAGCGUCCAAAAAAGAAGUGAUGCUGCUGUCAAAGAUGAAACACCCGAACAUCGUCUCCUUCAUCAAAUCUUUUCAUGAGAGGAGCAGCCUUUAUAUAGUGAUGGAGUACUGUGACGGAGGAGAUCUGAUGAACAAGAUCAACAUGCAGAGAGGAGUCUUCUUCACUGAGGAGCAGGUCGUGGACUGGUUUGUUCAGAUCUGCCUUGGCCUCAAACACAUCCACGACAGGAAGAUCCUCCACAGAGACAUCAAAGCUCAGAAUAUCUUCUUAACCAAUGGAGGGAUGAAAGCAAAGCUGGGGGACUUUGGAAUCGCAAGAAUGUUAAAUAACACCAUGGAGCUGGCCAGGACGUGUGUUGGGACACCGUACUAUCUCUCCCCGGAGAUCUGCGAGAGUCGGCCCUACAACAACAAGACGGAUAUCUGGUCUCUGGGCUGCGUCCUGUAUGAAAUUUGCACCCUGAGGCAUCCAUUUGAGGGCAGCGGUCUCCGUCAACUGGUCAGUAAAAUCUGCAGGGGACGCUACAACCCAGCACCCAGCCGCUAUUCCUAUGACCUGCGCCUGCUAGUCACACAACUCUUUAAGGUUAACCCCCGAGACCGUCCCUCGGUCAGCUCCAUCCUCAGGCGUCCCUUCCUGGAGAAGCACAUCAGCAAACACCUUGACCCACAGAUGAUGCAGGAGGAGUUCAGCCACACGGUGCUGCAUCAAAGCAGAGCCGCAGUAGCGUCAUCUCAGGCGGCUAAAAGGAGAGCAGGAGCAGCAGAGAAGAGACAGAAGUCCAGGGCUGCAGAGAGACCCGGGGCCCCCGUCAAGAGACUGCCUGCAAAAUCCGACUGGAGAGUCCCACUCAGGGUCUACACCCCGGCCCACUACAAACCUCUUCAUCAACGAUCCGCAGAGAGAGAAGCUGCAGCGCAGAAGAAAGAAAGGUUUAAUGGACAGCAGCCCGUUGGCCAAUAUCUGCACCUCUACGCCCAGCUGGACGCCUUUCAGAGAAGGAACACAGAAGACGUCCUCCCUCCUCCUCCUCCUCCUCUUCAGGAGAGAGAGAGGGAGCAAUGUGAAGAACCCGCUGUGGAACCGUACCAGCUUGUUGCUGCAGCUCGUGAUGAAUACCUGCAGAGGAGACACGAGGCCAACCAGUACAAGCUGAGAGCAGAGAAACAGCUGGGUCUGCGUCCGUGUACGGCUGAGCGCAACAGGAAGCCUGGCGGUCAGGAGCAGGAAGUGGGACAGCACCAACAUGCACCUCAGGACAGGAGGCAGGAGGGACAGCAGGAAUACCUGCGUCAGCUGGAUGUUAUCAGACAGCAGUAUCACCAGGAGAUGAGACAGAUGAGGCUGAGAGCUGAGAGACAGCCUCAGCCACAGCACAAACAAGGCACCUUUGUGGUGGAGAAAGCCAGAGACCCAGAGCCUUCUGCAGACAAUGAAGAGCAGCAGAGAGCUCCUCCUGCACAGGACAUGGAGGCAGCUCUGAGGAAGAUCAGAGAGGAGAACAGAGAACAGAGGAGAGCACUGGAGAGAAAACACAAAGACAAGGUGACUAAACUAGACAAUUAG